AUGGUUUCUGCUAGAUCUCUAUAUAAUACGGCCCGCGUGCUGAUGUCAGCUAAGGAUGUAGUUGUGGGUUCUCUUAAUAUCGGUAAAGAAUCUUUCAUGUCAUGGGUAUCUUCAAGAGUUGGUGGUCGGAAAACAGUGCUGUCGGAUUUGCUACAGAAGGAUGAAAGGCAGUGGGAAGCAGCCAAGCGUCUGUCUGCAGAUAUAAAGAACGCUAGUGGGGCUGGUAAGUCGAAUUCCGGGGGGUUGGCAGGCAAGAUAGGUGUGAGACAGUACUCCACUGAUUCUAGGAAACAACGAGAUCCAAAUGAUGGAGAUAAAUGGUACCAGGAGCAACAAGAGCAGAAACGGAGGCAAAGACAGGAGUUACAAAGUUCUCAAAUUCCUAGCACCCGUAUUUCUCGGUUGUUCCAUUAUGGUUCGUUAGCUGCAGGUGUUGGGCUUUCUGUUGCAUCUCAGGGUCUCUCUAACCUUGCCCAAGGCCAGAGUCCUAGCAUGAAGUCAUUGUUGCUAUCUGAUACUAAUAUGGAUCGUAUCGCAAAGAAACUCUCUCAGAUGCGGGGAGCUGCAUUGAAGAUCGGUCAGAUGAUGUCUUUCCAAGAUUCCAGGAUACUACCUCCUGAGAUGUACCAAAUUUUAUCCCGUGUUCAAAACAGCGCGCAUUAUAUGCCGCCAAGGCAAUUGGAUAGGCUGCUGAUUCGUGAGCUUGGUAGAGAUUGGGAGAGUAAAUUCGCUAGUUUUAGUAGGAUCCCAAUAGCUGCUGCUAGUAUUGGACAGGUCCAUGAGGCCACUUUGCCGGAUGGUACCGAAUGCGUGGUCAAAGUGCAAUAUCCAGGCGUGAGGGAUUCGAUCGAUUCUGAUUUGAAUAACGUAUUGAUGCUUUUGACGGCAACUGCGUUCCUUCCAAAGGGCUUGUUUUUAGAUAAGACUAUUGCCAAUGCACGGAAGGAGUUGAAAUGGGAAUGCGAUUAUCUCAGAGAAGCGCAAGCAUUAAAAGAAUUUGGUAAACUUUUGAAAGACGAUCCUGUAUUUGUGGUACCACGUGUGUUCGAUGAGCUUACCACUUCCAAUAUCCUUACUAUGUCUAAGAUGACGGGAAUUGAGAUUAUGAAGUUGCCAAAAGAACUUGAAACUCAAGAAAUCCGUGACUUCAUUUGUGAAAACAUCAUGAGACUUUGUUUGCAAGAAAUUUGCCAAUUCAAAUACAUGCAAACAGAUCCAAACUGGGCCAAUUUUCUAUACAAUCACGGCACAGGAAAGAUAGAGUUGUUGGACUUUGGUGCGUCUAGAUCUUUCCCAGAGAAAUUCAUUCGCAAUUACCGUAAGACUCUCACAUAUGGGACGCAAAACAACCCAGAUGGUGUUCGUAGAAUGUCAAAGGAGCUUGGUUAUUUGACUGGCUCGGAAUCGGAAAUUAUGGUGGAUGCCCAUGUUGACAGCGUAAUGGCUCUCAGUGAGCCAUUUUCCGGAGAUCCCAAAAUCCCAUUCGACUUCUCUAACCAAGAUGUUUCAGAUAGAGUUCGGGGUAAAAUUGGAGUGAUGUUGAAUGAGAGGUUAUGUCCUCCUCCUGAAGAGACGUAUUCAUUGAACAGAAAGUUCAGCGGAGUGUUCUUGUUGUGCGCUCGGAUGAACUCCAAGGUUCACUGCGCAAAACUAUUUGAAGAAAUCUUUGCAUUAAACGAAGACUGA